AUGAACGUGCUGCCGGAGCAUGCGGCGCCACGGUCCUCGUCGCCAGGUAUUAUGUCGUGGCUCUCACGUACACGCAAUUUGCGGGCCCUCCCACGCUCUAUAACACCACAGCGUCUGGCGCGACCCCGCGUUACGAACGUCUCGUAUGCGGCUGUCUUGCUAGGCGCCCUGAUCAUUAUUCUCGAUGCCGCCUCGAUGGGUCUGCUUGUGUUUCCUACGGAUGGUGCUAUGUUUCAGGGCAUUGAAGCGCAGAGCAUCGCUAUCUUCUUAGCCUCUACGAUCCUAUGUCAGUUGGUCUUUGUCCUGGGGGGGACCAACUUUGAGCAGGCACAGGGCGAAAUGCUAGUCGAGGUGCUGCCUUUCAUGCAGAAUAUCGCCAACAAACUAGCGAGCGUCAUUCCAGAUGAUAGAGAUGCCCUUCUCGCGACGGUCGUGGCGUCGUAUGUGAUCUCUUCGAUUGCCCUCGGCGCGCUGUUGCUUGCGCUGGGCUUCUUCCAAAUCGACCGCUGGAUUGCCUACUUCCCGGAAGCGGUCCUGGACGGCGCACUUGGUGCGAUUGGUCUUUCUCUCUUUCUCUCUGGCUUUGACGUGGCACAGCGUUCCUCGUUCGAGUGGUCGGGCACGUACAUCAAGUCGAUGUUUACAGGGCCUGGCAUGCCAGUGACCGUCACUUCAUUGAUCGUCACCCUUUUCCUGGCUAUAGGCGUCCGUGUCAAGAAAAAGGACAGCGCUACGCAGCCACGCUGGAGUACCGCAUGGAUGCGGCGCAUCACAUGGGAGCUGCGGCGUGUAUGCUCCAACUCAUUUUUUACGCCAGGCUACACGAUAGCCGUGGGUAUCAUCUUCUGGAUCGCCGCGCUGGCAAGUCGACAAUCAAUGCAGUCGCUUGUGGAUCACCACUGGCUCUUUAUGAAGGUGCCUGAAGGGGAGUCGGUGACGGAGCGCAUGAAGUUCUAUGAGUUCUGGGGUCUGUUUAAAUUCGGCCUCAUUCGAUGGCAUGCCAUGCAGACCGUUCUAGUCGAAAUGAUUGUGCUAAUUAUUAUCGGUGCCCUGAACCUGCCGAUUUACUACCCAACACUGCGCGAGAAUCUGCCUCAUGUACCUCGCACCGCCUCGAUUCAGCGUGAGUUCAUCGGGCAUGGCAUUGCGAACCUCGUGACUGGCUUAUGUGGUACGCUGCCAUGCCUGAUCGUCAUGUCAAAUACACUGUUUUUCUCACGUGCAGGUGGUAUGCGAUUCGAAUCGGCGAUGGUCCUAGUCGUUGUGUUUCUGUUCUUCGUGUUCUCCAAACUGCUUCUCCCAUAUAUUCCCGUGGUAUGCGCUGCCGUCAUGGUCUUCUUCUUCGGCGAGGAGCUUAUGGCAGAAGCCCUGGGUCCGACAUGGACGAAGAAGAGCUUGUUGGAGUACCUCGUCAUUGUCGGCACGAUGAUUGCGUGCACGGCUCUUGGUUUUGCUCAAGGUGUCGGUGUAGGCUUGGCAGCGACAUUGGCCGCCCUGGGCUUCGAGCAUUUGGCCGACUACGAAAUUCGGACGUGCAUGAUCAAUCUCUCGACCUUUGCUGAUGCCAGCGUCCUCUCGUCCCGCAUUGUGGAGCGCCUCCGCGAAGGCAGCGAGUACAAGACGCAAAUCGGUGUCAUAUCAUUGACAGGCACAGCAGGAUACACCACCUCGGCGAAGCUGCGACAGGCUAUUCAUACAUUACAGCAGCAGGGCUGCGCCGCGUUGGUGGUGGACUUUACCUACUCUGCGCGCGUUGAUCGUGUGACAGCAGCCGCGAUUGCAGAUGAGCGGCAGAAUACGCAUGAUGGUGUGGAACAUCCGGCCGGGUUCCUUUUGGGUGUGCCCUAUGGAUCGUCACGGUACAACAUCCUCGCCAAAGCCGGUGCGGUAUGUGAAGAUCCCUCGACGGUGGACUCAGUCACGGCUAGCACCCUUGUCAGGCAGGCUCUAUGGCCUGUCGCCGAGUUCUCUGACGUGCUUGGCUGGCUCUCGUCGCGAGCCUACGUAACGCAGCCACGCCUGCCUCGAUGGGCGCGCGAUAUGCCAGCCCCUGCGUCGCCCAGCCCCUUACGUGACGUGACGCCGGCGCGACGUGACUCGUACGAGGUGCCCAUGACGCAAUUUAUCACACCGAUGACACAGACCAUUGACCCAACACUACCAUUGCCGGCUCAAUGGCAAGCAUGCUGGGAGCAGCUGUGCUGCAAAGCGCCUAGUGAUACAGACUCGGUCCUCAGCGACGAUACGAAAGGGAAGCUGAGCUUUGAAGCGACUGAUACCAUUCCUACACUCACCAACGCUGAGGGUGAUCGCUGGCAAGGCUCCUUUGUCUCUGUACUAGAACAGUUCGGACAGAUUUGCUUCCAUGAGCCACAAACGCUUCUGUCGAGCGCCUCGGAUCCCAUGCCGGACGUGCGUAUCGUUGUCGUAGGAGCGCUCAACACGCGGACGAUGAUGGCGCCCAUCCAGCCAUCUGAGCACGAUAGCUCGUCCAACCCGGCCAGCAAAGUCGAUCGCACACCCGCCGACUGGGUGCGAGCACGUCCUCGCUUGUACCGCCGCGGCACCAAUUCGGAAUUGGAUUCGACGGCCACCAACACAGUCGUCGAACGGUACGCGCAGGGCGACGUGGUGGGAUUGACGGAGCUGACGUUCGGCGAGCGUUGGGCGUCUGAUUUGAUGACGGCUGGACACCUUAUCACGUCCUGCAUUACGAUGGACUUUUCUGCGCAUGAUGUGCAGCAGCAUCCCGAUCUGGCGAUGGCCCUAAACACGUACUAUUCGCACCACCAGUUCCGGAUGCGCCGCAUCCAAGAAAUAUAUUACCGUGCUUUGCACAAAGGGGAGAAGUACCAAUGGUGA